GAUGAAACGUGCUUCAACUUGCAAUUAUCCCUUUCAAGUCCCGCGCCAUACACUCGAAAUAGUCGCAUCGCACCCUGACGGCUGCCUGUCACACGUUUCAGCCGGAUCCGCCUUCCUCCCACCCCCGCGACCACCGCCGCAAGCCACUUAGCGAAUUUCCUCCCACCUCGACCACAGACGGUGACCUCACCGCCGUGCCCGAAGCCUCCGCGCGCAUUGUGCUGCCUCCGCUGAGUGACAGUGGAUGGCGGCGGGGCGGUGACGAGAGCGACCAUGAGUAAACUCCUCACCACCAAGCAGGCCGAAGAACUACACAAGAGCAUCGUCGCCUACCUGAAUGCCACCGAACACCCGGAAGCCGCCCAGGCGGUGCGCGACGCCCUGAAUGUUCCCGAGUCCGAUUUCUCCGCCGACACGGCAAAAAAGUACGAGGGGUUGAUUGAGAAGAAAUGGACGUCAUUGGUGCGCAUGCAGAAGAAGAUUAUGGAUUUGGAGGAGAAGGUCAAGGUGCUGCAGAAUGAGUUGGAUAAUGCUACGCCUUCUAGUCUGGCAGCGCGGAAGAAUCACGAUCCACAGACAUGGCUGCCGCGAGCGCCCGCACGACAUACUCUGCAGAGUCACCGAAAUCCGAUCACUUGCGUCGCAUUCCACCCACUUUUUUCGAGUUUGGCUAGCGGGAGCGAGGACUGCACGAUCAAAAUCUGGGACUACGAACUCGGAGAACUGGAGCGGACACUGAAGUCGCAUACAAAGGCGGUGCUUGAUGUGGAUUUCGGUGGUCCGCGAGGGAACACGCUACUAGCUUCCUGCUCCUCAGAUUUGACCAUCAAAUUGUGGGACCCGGCAGAAGAGUACAAGAAUGUGCGGACACUACCUGGGCACGAUCAUAGUGUGAGCUCCGUGCGCUUUAUACCCUCUGGCGCAGCAGGCGCACCUCUUUCAGGCAACCUUCUAGCAUCUGCGAGCCGAGACAAAACGAUACGGAUAUGGGACGUGACGACCGGGUAUUGCUUGAGGACGCUACGCGGGCAUGGCGACUGGGUACGCUCCUUGGCGCCCACAUUCGACGGCCGAUGGCUGCUGAGCACCAGUUCAGACCAAACAAGCAGAAUGUGGGAUCUAUCACAGCCGGAUUCCAAUGCACAAAAGCAGACUUUCCUGGCCCACGAGCAUGUAGUGGAAUGCUGCGCAUUCGCGCCUCCUGCAGCAUAUCAGCACCUGGCUACCUUGGCUGGACUAAAAAAGGCACCAGCUGCAAGCUCAAGUGCAGAAUUCCUAGCGACAGGCGGGAGAGAUAAGCUGAUCAAGCUCCAUUCCGCCAACGGCAUAGUUAUCAAAACUUUGACCGGACACGACAAUUGGAUACGAUCACUUGUCUUCCAUCCAGGCGGCAAAUAUCUGCUGUCUUGCUCAGAUGACAAAACAAUCCGAUGCUGGGAUCUCGCGCAAGAAGGGAAAUGUGUGAGAGUGAUUGAGGCGGCGGAUCAUUUCGUGAGCUGUCUAAGAUGGGCGCCAAGCGUGUUCAAAGAGCAAGCGGAGACGAAUGGUUUGACGAAUGGUGCUGCGAAGAAGGCGGAAGAGGAGCAGAUUCGUUGUUUGAUCGCGAGCGGGAGUGUAGAUUUGAAUGUGCGGGUGUGGUCUGCAUGAGUGAGGCGCGCUACUAUAUCAUCUGGCAAUCGUUCGACGAGCGUUUGUAUUCUCGGCGCAACGUCACAAAUGGUAAGAGAAAGGUCUGAGAGGAGGGAUGCGCAAAUCGCUGCAGCCUCAGGUAUUUCGUUGAAGCAGUACUGCAA